CUCGAGCCUCGGCUGGCGCCUGUGAGUGACUCCACACCACCUUAGUUUGGGGAGAGGGAGCCGUAAUAACGACCCGCUCACGAUUGGCCCAGCCCAACUUGUAUCUGACAAGAGCUUGAGAGCUUAUACAGGUGUAAGCUGGGGACAAUCUUAAUCGCUGGCGCCAAAGACUCUCGCUGCAGCGUCUCAUGCCUCCCGCUGCACGCUAAUCCGGGCGAUUUCGUAUAACAGCCGGCUAUCCACCUCUUUGUCUGCUGCCGCGCUCAACCCGACAUCCCAUUUCCAAACACGCCAUUUUGUUUCGCGUCGAGCGCGAGUUGCUGAUUGAAUAAAUUGACUGCGCCUGUAUCUACUCGCAACGCCGUCUGUCUCCGUAUUCUUCUAGAUAUAAUGCAGCCCUCAGGGGCAAACAAGGGGUUUUUUCAGCCUCCCCCGAUUUUGCCCAACCAGUUUUAUGACGAUGUUUCCUUUCGCAGAUGCUUCAACUUGUUUCUCCCCUUUAGUGUAAUUACCGAAGUUGAGGCUGAAGUCGCAGCCUUGGGCAGGGAUGUUCUCUCGGACGAGGUGUUUGCCUGGAUCACAGAUGCUGAACACAACAAGCCCUACAUCAAAGGCAGCGGCCGAGAUGCUUUUGGCAGACUGCAGGGCGAGCUUGUGACUGGCGAAGGAUGGCGCGAGCUGCAAAAGUUUGGCCUGUCUAGAGGCUUCGUUGCCACCGGUUAUGAUACCCCCUAUGGCGCAUUUUCUCGCCCUCUGCAGUAUUUGCGCCUGCACCUGUGGGAGGCCUCGUCUGCAAACGUGACUUGCCCCUCUGCAAUGCAGGAUGGUGCCGCUGCUCUUCUAAGGAGGCAUCUGGCGUCUCGCCGUCUCAGCGAGACAGAGCGCAUUGUUUUUGACGAUGCUUACCGCCGUCUCAUCUCACGCGACCCAAGCGUAGCCUGGACCAGUGGGCAAUGGAUGACGGAGCGCACCGGCGGCAGUGAUGUAUCUCAGACUGAGACCAUUGCUCUCUACCAGCCCGAAGAUGCCGAGGGCGCCCUCGCCUCGAAAGAAGGCAAGAUCCCCCUCGGACCGUGGAGCAUCCACGGCUUCAAGUGGUUCUCAUCCGCGACAGACUCGAACAUGACCAUCCUGCUGGCUCGUACUUCCAAAGACAAGCUCAGCACCUUUUUUGCGCCUAUGCGACGACACGACCCAAAGGCCAAAACAAUGACUGGCCACCCCAAAUCUGACGGAACUCGGCUCAACGGUGUCUGGAUCCAGCGCCUCAAGAACAAGCUCGGCACCCAGUCACUUCCUACUGCCGAGCUUGUCCUGGAAGACAUGCGCGGCUGGAUGAUUGGCGAAGAGGGCAGGGGCAUCAACGAGAUUAGCACAAUUCUGACCAUCACUCGAAUUCACAACGCCGUGACGGCCUGUGGAUAUGUCGGUCGUGGAUUGGGAAUUGCAAGGGCAUAUGCGCGACGGCGAGAAGUUGGGGCUGGCCGCGGUGCCCGCAUGAAGCUGACCGAGAGCACGCUGCACAUGCGCACCCUGGCCAACCUGACUGCCGAGUACCACGGGUUGAUGCUCAUGAGUAAUUAUUGCGGUUACAUGCUUGGUAUUUCUGAGCAUGAAGCGACGCCACCGACAUCUGCUCUCGCAGCUCUCACACCACCGGCUCAGUAUAUCGACCCGCUCCUUCGUAUUAUUGUGCCUCUUGCCAAGGCUUAUGUAUGCAAAGCUGCCGUCCCGCUGCUCUACUCAUGCAUGGAAUCGCUCGGCGGUGUGGGCUAUCUCGUCAACGAAGAGCAGGAAUACCUCAAUGUGGCUCGACUCUACCGCGAUUGCUGUGUUCUGCCCAUCUGGGAGGGCACAACCGACGUCCUAUGUACGGAUAUGAUCCGCGCGCUGAAGCACCCCAAAACAGGAACCCAAUCGCUUAAUGCGCUGGAAAGCUUCAUCAAGUCUUCGUCAUCAUUCAAUGAGGAAGCCGUCGUCAAGCGCUAUGGAUGGGACCCUGUAGGGAAGUGGACUGCCCUGCGGGCAUACAUUGAUGAAAGGGACCAGGCUGCUUUGGUCGGUGAGGGUAGAGAGAUUCUAUGGGACGUGGCGGAGAUACUCAUUUCCUUGCUGCUCUUUGUUGAUGCUGCCACCGACCAGAAUGACGCUUGCAAGGAAAUUUUCCGUCGCUUCAUCGAUGACAAGUUUUCGAAGGAGAAGCGUACGAGAGAUACUCCAGCAGAGGAACUGGAGAAAGACCUGGCCAUUGUGUAUGGUGUCGAGGAGGCGGAAGCUGUGGCUAGAGAGAUUGGUCCGAAGCUGUAGUUGAAUUUGGUAUCAACUCGUUUUUUUUUCUGGUCAAGGCUAUUUGGAUUAUUCUAGGGCUGGGCCAGACUGUAUUACUUUAGCGGUAUCUAUAUACACAUUUUAAUUGUUCAUCUAAAGCUG